CGCGCCAUAUUGUAUUGAAAAUUACAAACGCAAUGUCAUGAACACAUGCUUAUGACGUGCUUAUACUGUUGUUUUGUUAUAACCGAUUUGUUAUUUUGUUGUCGUGUUAAGUAGUUGUAAAUGGUAUUAAAUCCUAAUAACUACAAACGAACGAAAUGUGACAUGACAUGCUUAUGUCACGACACGUGACAUAAAAGCAAGAAAUUAGGACAAACAAAUAUUUCAAGUCGAGUUAACUGUUAGUGUUUGUACUCUAAGUUUACGAUCAGGAUUAUGGUUAAAAGAUGCGCAUUGGGCACUUGCAAUAUUGAUUCCAGAUUGCAUUCACUUGAAAAUUAUUAAUAUGGUGGUGAUAAACAGAAGGAGCAAAGGAAUCUAUUUAUUGGUGUAUUUAGCCAUUUCUGUUUAUUUUUUAAAGUCAAAGGCAAACGACUUCUCAUGCAAACCGGACGAAGUGCAGUUUAAAUGUAAGAGCGAUGGAAAGUGCAUGCCCAAAGAUUGGGAGUGUGACGGUGUAAACGAUUGUUCUGACCAUUCCGAUGAAAUGAAUUGUGGUUCUUGUCCACAAGAGAAGUUUUCUUGUGGUAAAGAGUGUAAAUUUAAAUAUAUGAUUUGUGAUGGUUACAAAGAUUGUAAAGAUGGAUCUGAUGAAUCACCUUCACAUUGUGCAAAUAUAUCUUGUUCUGACAACAAGUUCAAGUGCCAAGACAGUAAAAAAUGUAUCAUUGAAUCUUGGAAAUGUGAUAAUUAUAAAGAUUGUGAUGAUGGAAGUGAUGAAUUUGACUGUGGUGAAUUUGUUUAUGAUAACAGAUUUCAUCUUUUCAUGUUCAUUUUCAUAUAAAACUCACUAAGAAUAUUUAUU